CUUCACCAGUAGCACUCAUCAUGUCCUCCUCUUUGUCUAAACCACCAUUCAUAUAUACACUCGCACCAAAACAAUACCGAAAAUCUUGCAAAAUUGGUUCAUCAAAAUGCAUUCCUUCAAUCCCUUUUCUCUUCCCUUCGUGUUCCUUUCCAUGCUUAUCUUCCUCAACCUGACCACGACUCAUGUAGCUGCCCAAAAUUACCUCUACCACUUCUGUGCAAACACUUCCUUCGCCCAAAAUAGCUUCUACAGUUCCAAUAUCAACUCCCUCCUCUCUUCCCUUUCCUCCAACGCCACCGGCAACACCGAAUUCUACAACACCACAGCCGGCCAAACCACCUCCUCCAACCCCGUCUACGGUCUCUUCCUCUGCCGUGGAGACGUCGGUGCUGAAGUUUGCCGAAAAUGCGUGGCCAACGCAACCCAAGAGCUCGCCGAUAAGUGUUCAAAGGAAAAGAUCGCUGUUAUCUGGUACGACGAGUGCAUGUUACGCUACUCCAACGAGUCUAUCUUCUCCACCGUGGCCGUAAGACCUAUAAUUUACUUGUUGAACUCACAGAACAUCACCGAACAGGACCGGUUUAACCGGCUAUUGAACACGACGAUGACCGAAAUGGCACGUGAGGCCUCCAACUUUCCGAUCGGUGUUAAGAAGUUUGGGGUUAAGGAAGUGAAGUUUUCCGAUUUUCAAAAUCUGUACAACCUUGUACAGUGCACACCGGACCUGUCCAGCACCGACUGCAAUAGUUGUCUUCAGGCAGCUAUAAACCGUCUUCCUAUGUGUUGUAGUGGAAAGCAAGGGGGCAGAGUUCUCUUUCCUAGUUGUAAUGUUAGGUACGAGUUGUACCAGUUCUAUAAUGAAUCCACAGCGCCCGCGCCUGCACCAGGGCUCGCACCUUCACCUCCAGGCUCCGUAGCUGGAUCAAAAGGAAAAGACAAAAUCUCAACAACAACGAUAGUCGCCAUUGUUGUUCCAAUUGCUGGCUCUGUGGUGCUAUUCAUUUUGGGAUACUGUUUCCUAAUUAGGAGAAAGAAGUACAAUGCUGUCAAAGGAGAAAUUGAUGCAAAUGAUAUGACAACUGUGGAGUCCUUGCAAUUUGAUUUGGCUACAAUUGAGGCUGCCACAAACAAAUUCUCAGAUGAUAACAAGCUAGGUGAAGGUGGAUUUGGUGUGGUUUACAAGGGUAUACUUCCCAAUGGACAAGAAAUAGCUGUCAAGAGGCUAUCCAGAAACUCUGGACAAGGAGGAGAACAAUUCAAGAAUGAAGUUGUAUUAGUAGCCAAACUUCAACACAAAAAUUUAACAAGGCUAUUGGGAUUUUGCUUGGAAGGAGAAGAAAAGAUACUCGUCUAUGAAUUUGUGCCCAACAAAAGUCUGGACUAUUUUCUAUUUGACCCAAGAAAACAAGAGGAAUUGGAUUGGUCAACACGUUACAAGAUAAUAGGCGGAAUUGCUCGAGGAAUUCAAUAUCUUCAUGAAGAUUCUCGAUUAAGAAUUAUACAUCGUGAUCUUAAAGCCAGCAAUGUAUUGCUAGAUGUGGAUAUGAACCCAAAGAUUUCAGAUUUUGGCAUGGCAAGGAUUUUUGGAGUAGAUCAAACACAAGGAAACACAAGUAGAGUUGUGGGGACUUACGGUUACAUGUCUCCAGAGUACGCAAUGCGAGGAGAAAUUUCUGUGAAGUUAGAUGUGUACAGUUUUGGUGUGUUAAUUCUAGAGGUUAUCAGUGGCAAGAAAAACAGUAGUUUUUAUGAAUCAAAUGGUGCUGAAGACCUCGUGACCUAUGGUUGGAUACGUUGGAGGGAUGGUAGGCCCUUAGAGUUGUUGGAUCAAAGUUUGGGAGAUUCUUAUUCUCGAGAUGAAGUGCUUAGAUGCAUCCAGAUUGGCUUUUUAUGUGUACAGGAAGAUCCAGCUGACAGGCCCACCAUGGCUUCCAUACUUCUCACACUCAACAGCGGCUCCGUUACACUAUCAUCACCCCAACAGCCAGGAUUUUUCCUCCACAGUAAAACAGACAUGCCCAUAAAGGAUAUGAAGUCUAAUCAAUCUACAACCAAAUCAAUGCCAUGGUCAAUUAAUGAAGCUUCCAUUACUGAACUAGACCCUCGAUAGUCUGACUUAAGCACCUACCAGCCUAGUAAUCCAGAGCCCAAAACUCAAGAAAAUAUGUUAAGAUUUGUUGAUAUUGAAUGCUAAUACUACUUAAUGUUCC